UUGUCCACUUUCUUUCAUCAGUGUGGUGCCUUCAUCCUAAGUGCAUUGUCUUAAGCUUGGUACAAAAAUAACCAGAGAAUAAAAAUCUUGGUUAUUUCUUGAACAGGUUUCGCCUAUCAAUUAGCCGAAUAUUGUUACCCUUGACACGCAAUAAUUGGUUACUUGGUUAAAGCUUGAAGAGGUAAAGUGCCAAAAUGACGCGCGCCGUUCUGUUUAUUGUUGCUUUAUGCUUUAUUGCAAAAAGCUAUGGGAAAACAUUCACGGAAUGUGAAUUAGUCCAGGAGUUAAGAAGGCAAGGAUUCCCCGAACACCAACUUAAAGAUUGGGUGUGCCUGGUUGAGGCGGAGAGUUCCAAACGAACCCACGUCGUUGGUGGCAACAAUGCAGAUGGUUCCCACGACUAUGGCUUAUUCCAAAUUAAUAACCGCUACUGGUGCAACGAUGGUGACCACCCGGGCAAGGGGUGCAACAUUCGCUGCAAAGAUCUGUUGCUGGAUGACAUCACAAUAGCUUCUCAGUGCAGUAAGACCAUUUUCGGUGUCCACGGAUUCAACGCCUGGGUCGGAUGGGUGAACAAAUGCAAAGGAAGAAACCUACCCAACCUUCACUGUUAGUUUUUUUAUUGAGAAGACUUAACUUAGGUAUAUCAAUAACCGUAGUAGAUAGAUACUAUAGUGGUAGUGUCUUUUCUGAUCAAAUUUCAAAACAGUUUACGUUUUCAUUUCUUUUAUAAAACUUUACCUAUUUGUUUAAUCUUAACUUUUAAAUAAAAUUGGACUAUUAAUACAAU